GGUUUCCGUGUUCUUGCCCUUGCCUGGAAGCGCCUUGGUUCUAUUUUAGAUGACUUUACAUCACUUCCAACAAGCCAAAUUAAGAAACCACUUGAAGUGGUGACCAGCUCAAAUGCAUGGCUUGCUCGGUACCAGAAUUUGUCUCGAGUAGAAAUGGAGACCGAUCUGGAAUACCUGGGCCUUGUUGUGCUCGAUAAUCCUGUUAAGAAAGCCACGGCGCCUACUAUUCAUGAACUCCAGGCCGCCAAUCUCCGCGUUAUCAUGGCAACUGAAACCGAAUAUGGAUCGGGCCUGACAUUAUUCAGCUUUACUCGGUCUCGGCCAGACCGUUUCAGUUGUCUGCCUAUUGCUCUUGGAUGA